UCCCGAGGGGGAACCUGAAACUCUCACAUUCCUGGCAUAGCAGCCGCCUCCAGCGCGGGCUGACCCAGGAGCUGCGCACUGGGGCGCGAGCGGGCAGAGCGCCGGCGCCACCGACGAGUGCGCACCUCCGUUGCAGACCGUGCCUAAGCCGAACCGGGUCUGCGCGCGCCGGCAGCCGCGGGCCGCAGCGGUGCUCUGGGACCAGGUGCCUGCUGGCCAUUGUCUAGGCAGGUGAGUGCAAGCCAGAGAAGCAUGAGGACACUGGAAGACUCCUCAGGGACAGUCCUGCACCGCCUCAUCCAGGAGCAGCUGCGCUACGGCAACCUGACAGAGACUCGCACACUGCUGGCCAUCCAGCAGCAGGCCCUGCGGGGUGGGGCUGGGGCUGGGGGCACAGGGAGCCCCCAGGCCUCCCCGGAGAUCGCAGCACCUGAGGACGGUCAGGUGCUACAGCAGGCCACCAGGCAGGAGCCCCAGGGGCAGGAGCAUCAGGGCGGAGAGACCCACCCAGCAGAGAACAGGCUGUACCGGCUGUGCCCACAGCCCAGCAAGGGAGAAGAGCUACCCACCUAUGAGGAGGCCAAAGCCCAUUCACAGUACUAUGCAGCGCAGCAGGCCGGGUCCCGAGAUCCUAGAGGGGCGUCAGGAGGCAGCAGGCGACAGGAUGAGGCUCUGCGGGAGCUGAGGCACGGCCACGUCCGCUCCCUGAGUGAACGGCUUCUGCAGUUAUCCCUGGAAAGAAAUGGUGCUCGAGUGCCCAGCCACAUGAGCUCUUCCCACAGCUUCCCUCAGCUGGCCCGAAGCCAGCAGGGUCCCCAGCCCCGAGGACCCCCAGCUGAGGGUCCUGAGCCCCGUGGGCCCCCACCUCAGUACCCACACGCCGUAAUGGCUCAUGAGACCUCUGCCGUCACCGACCCAAGAUACCGUCCCCGAAGCAGCCCACACUUCCAGCAUGCGGAAGUCAGGAUCCUGCAGGCCCAGGUACCGCCGGUGUUCCUUCAGCAGCAGCAAUACCAGUACCUGCAGCAGCCCCAGGAGCACUCCGCACCCCUCCAUCCGGCUGCUCUAGGCCAUGGUCCCCCAAGCUCCUUCAGCCCACCUGCAGUGGAGGGACCACCAAGUGCCCAGGCCACCUCGGGCAGCGCCCACCUGGCCCAGGUGGAGAGUGUACUAAGGGAGAACGCCAGGCUGCAGCGGGACAACGAGAGGCUGCAGAGAGAGCUGGAGAGCACUGCCGAGAAGGCCAGCCGAAUAGAAAAGCUGGAAAAUGAAAUUCAGCGUCUCUCUGAGGCCCACGAGAGCCUGAUGAGGACCUCUUCCAAGCGUGAGGCCCUGGAGAAGACUAUGAGGAACAAGAUGGACAGUGAGAUGAGGCGGUUGCAGGACUUCAACCGCGAUCUUCGAGAGAGAUUGGAAUCUGCAAACCGCCACCUGGCAAGCAAGACACAGGAAGCCCAGGCGGGCAGUCAGGACAUGGUGGCUAAGCUGCUUGCUCAGAGCUACGAGCAGCAGCAAGAGCAGGAGAAGCGGGAGCGGGAGAUGGCGCUGCUGCGUGGUGCCAUCGAGGACCAGCGGCGACGUGCGGAGCUGCUGGAGCAGGCGCUGGGCAAUGCACAGAGCCGCGCUGCCCGGGCUGAAGAGGAGCUGCGCAAGAAGCAGGCCUACGUGGAGAAAGUGGAGCGGCUGCAGCAGGCACUGGGGCAGCUGCAGGCCGCCUGUGAAAAGCGGGAGCAGCUGGAGCUGCGCCUGCGCACGCGCCUGGAGCAGGAACUCAAAGCCCUGCGUGCUCAGCAGAGACAGGCCGGCACCCUCCCUGCUGGUGGUGGCAGCAACGGUGGAUCCACUGAGCUCAGUGCCCUGCGACUGUCAGAGCAACUGCGGGAGAAGGAAGAACAGAUCCUGGCUCUGGAGGCCGACAUGACCAAGUGGGAGCAAAAAUACCUGGAGGAACGGGCCAUGAGGCAGUUUGCCAUGGACGCGGCUGCCACCGCGGCCGCCCAGCGGGACACCACCCUCAUCAGGCACUCGCCCCAGUCUUCGCCCAGCAGCAGUUUCAAUGAGGGCCUGCUGGCGGGCAACCACAGGCACCAGGAGAUGGAGAGCAGGUUGAAGGUGCUCCAUGCGCAGAUCUUGGAGAAGGAUGCGGUGAUCAAGGUCCUUCAGCAGCGCUCCAGGAGAGACCCUGGCAAAGCCACCCAGGGCACCCUGCGGCCCGCCAAAUCCGUGCCAUCUAUCUUCGCGGCUGCAGUGGGGACUCAGGGCUGGCAAGGGCUGUCAUCCAGCGAGCGGCAAACUGAUACACCUGCCAGGCUGACAGUUGACCAUGUACCAGCAGAGGAGCCCCUGGCCACAGCCCCUCUCCCUGCCCACACCAAGCAUGGGAGCAGAGAUGGGAGUACCCAGACUGACGGCCCCGCAGACAGCACCUCUGCCUGCCUGGCCUCAGAACCUGACAGCCUCCUCGGGUGCAGCAGUAGCCAGAGGACAGCCUCUCUGGACUCUGUAACUUCAACCAGAGUCCAGGAUCUGUCAGACAUGGUGGAAAUACUGAUCUGAAGGAAGGAGGAAGCGCCUUGGGGACCCUGAAACCUGGCCUCUCCCUGGCAUUCCUGUGGUCAUUUUCAAACGUUGCACCUCCAGCCAUUGAUGUUGUGGUGCGCGAAGCUCAGAGGAGCGCAACAGGGGAGCUAGAAAAGUCUGCACCCCCGGAAGACUGCUUCUUGGCCCAUAUUCCUCCUGUGCCCAUGAGGAAAGUAGAGCCAGACUUCCCCUGCUGCAGGAGGUCUGUGCUGGAGCAGAAAGGAGCUGAGCCCCCUCCAUCCUGCCAGUUUGUAUUCAGGCACGAAGGGAAAGGAGAGCGGAUUCUGAUUCCCAAGGAUGGCCGGGUACCAACUGCUGGUCUGCUGGGAUAAUCAGGCCUGCCAUGGCGUUCUAUGGCUAAGCAUGGCCCCAGCCAACCCCAUCUGCUCUUCAGUUCCUCACUGCCUCCUUUAGAUCAGUAAGACUUGAAUCCCUCGCUUGGAGUAGGUUAGAGGCCAUUUGAGGGGCCUGCAGAACAGUGUGUCUUGUAUAUAAUUCUCUUUCCUUGGGAACAGAAGGCUGACUACGCAUGCUGGUUCAGAUUCUCCUGCCAGGCCUGUGCUGCCUGCCCCUGCUGCCACGGUUCCUGAAACAUCUGACAGGUCUGCCAGGCGUCCUCUGCCUCCAGUUCUUGGCCGUGGAUUUUGAUACUGGUUGCCUUUCCUCCAUUUUAAAUCCCUGUGUUCAACGCCCAUGGGACUCUCGUCACCAGCCUUUUAGAAUGACUCUACAGCUCCUGUCCCUGGGACGUCCUGUCGGUUUGGCUAUAAACUGAGCCAGAUGUGAUGAGCCACCACGAACGGACAUCUGUCAUGCCCAGCGCCAGGUUCUCUUGGAAGAAACUGGACACGAAGUUGUUCUCAGAAAUGUGUGUUAGUUCCCACCCGCAGGGACUGGGAGAGGGAGCUAUGCUGUUUGAAAACUAAUCAGUGAGCUUGAAAGACUUGAUUCAGAGAAUUUCCUCACUAUGGUGCCCCCAUCACCAAAUGGCACCCAUGAGGCUGGCUCCUCAAGCUUUGGUGCCCCAGCCCAGAAGCAGGGCCAGCUACUUGGAACUGGGUGAAGUCCACCGCAUGGCAGCCUACCAGCAGCAGUAACUUUUGACUUCUGGUCUUAAAGCAACCCCCACUCGGCUCAAAAAGCUGAUGGGUGGAUUUCAGCUCUUUUGUGUUUUCUCCUUUGGUUGUUUUGUUUGUUUUUCUUUCACUGUUUUGAAGUUCUCUUUGUUGUUUCAUUCCCAUGGUUCUCUGAGUUUCCUUUUUAAACAUUUGCAUUUGCUGGGCAAUUGCAUAUUUUUUUUUUAAUUUCCCUUCCCCUGUGUAAAGCUGAAAAAUGCAUCUGGUUCAUGUGCAUUGUUUACAAAGAUAAAGGUUUAAAAAAGAGGGGGAAAAGGCAAAAAAAAAUAUCGUGAAAGGAAAAAAAAACAACUUAAUAUAUUUUGGAUUAAUAUUUGGUAUUUCUUUUAAAGUAUUUUUUGUGCUGUGAACGUGAACAUUUUCUGCCAAAGACCAUGACGUGUGUCUGUGUGUUUAAGUUAUCAUGAAUAUUUAAAGUGUAAACAUGGCUGUUUUGUUACGCCACCCUGUACCAGGAUUGCUGCUGCAUUCCACCAGGUAUGACAGUAUUUUAAUAAAAAAAAGCUUAUAAGGA